AUGGGUAAAUGGAUGUUGAGACACCAUGACGAAGUCCUUCAAAGCAAAUUCAAGAACCUUGUAACUGGGGCAAUCCAAAGAAUCAAGUUGGAAGAGGGGGAACCCAAGAUUACCUACGAAGCAUUUGUGGAAGAACUUGACGUUGGCGAAACGUUCACUACCACACUCAUCGAAGUGCUCGUGAAGGAAAUGGCCGACCGUCGUACCCGCGCUAAUAUCCGCGAUCGACGAUUUGUGUCUGAGCGAGCCGCGAAGAUGCUUCGCUCUCAAAUCUCGCCGCACCACAUCUAUCAUGGUCGCCGGCAGGCAAGUCGCCUCGCCGCGAGGAGCAGUUCCAACGUUGUCUACACAGACCUCGUGGCGGAGCUUACGGAUGAGGAAGAGGCCAACGAUAGCCACAGUCUACCACCCGAGGGCGACUUCCCCUACGAAGGUGUCCGCAUCAACUCUGAUCUCUAUGAAGCCUAUGCUCCCCCCUCCUAUACCUCUACAACCUCAGCCUACGAUAUAUUGGAUAGCCUGCAUGGGUUCCAGCCCACUACUCUGGCUGCCGCUUCACCAGAAGUUACAGAGCACAGACGCUCUGGUGACUUGUCCGUUAAUAGCCCCCGCCCAGCGUCCCCUGCACUGCCUUCCAUCACAUACCGGACAAGUCCAUGGGUCCAUGGUGGCACAUCGCAUGCGUCAUCUUUGACGCGACAGCAUUCUGUACGACGCCCAGCACGGUCUAGGACCAUCGAUUUCAACGAGUUCACCGACCGCCGUCGCUCUUCUCUCCGACAAAACCAGCAUGAUGGUGACUACAUCAGGUCUGAAGAGUCGGCAGAUGGAACGUGGAGAUUCAGACCAAGUUUUCCUUACCCCACUGAUGAGCCAUCAUCAUCGACGUCUGUGACCGAUCACAUGCCGCUUCCGCCUCCCCCCAGGCGCGUCUCAUUAAGCUCUGGUCCUCGUCGUCGCUAUGAGGUGGGAGGUGCUUUCCCGUGGAGCCCUGAACCCUCACAAUCGCCGUCCUUGGAUAACGGCGAUCAGGACGAACAAGCAGCUAGCGCAUCGGGCAGCCAGAGCUCUUCACAGCUCUGGUACUCGCUCACCUAUCCGACUCCAGCCCCACCGGCGAAUCCGACUAACCGCAGGGCGUCUAUUGCCGACGUUAAUGAAGCUCGGAGGCAGGUCAUUGCGCCCCGCCUCCGUCGCGGAGGUCUCAGAGCUCCGGAGUCAUUACUCUCUCGCUAUGCAUCUCCGACGGAUGGUGAUCCCGCCGCUAAUCGCGAGGGGACUGCCCCAAUCGAAGAAUCAGGUGGACAACAAGGGGAAAACAGUGACCCUGUAUUUGUCCCGAGUAUUCCCGCUCUGCGCAACCUCCUCCGGCACGAGAACUCGCCCGACUCCGCAGGAUGGAGGCACACUGGAGAAGAUACCACACAGCUGCCUACGCCUACUAGGUCUGUGACGCCAGCUGCUGACUCUGUGGGCAAUGCAUGAGCGGUGCAAGUAUAUGACUUCUGAUUAUGCUGUGCAAAGAUAGACUUCAGUGGACAUUGAGCCACCCUUUUUAUUGUGUUUGGUUGUAUACGCUACUCGAUGCGUGU